CCGUCCCGCCCUUUCUGAGUAGGGGUAUCCGGCUCGCUCGUCCCGCCCCUGUCUCUGAGUGACAGCACCGUGGACAGCAACCCUCAGGUGGGACCCGAAGUUGGCAGCCCUCCCCUCCUCUGAGCUGAGCAGGUAUUUUGGAGAUCAAAGAUGGGUAGAAAAGAUUCUUCCACUGCAAAACUACCUGUUGAUCAGUACAGAAAGCAAAUUGGUAAACAGGAUUACAAAAAAACCAAACCCAUUUUACGAGCAACCAAAUUAAAAGCAGAAGCAAAGAAAACAGCAAUAGGAAUAAAGGAAGUCGGCCUUGUCCUCGCAGCCAUCUUGGCUCUCCUACUGGCUUUCUACACAUUCUUCUACCUCAGACUGUCCACGAAUAUUGACUCUGAUCUGGAUCCAGAUGAAGAUUAGCUGAGCAGCAAUCAAUAAAUGGAAGGGAAAUAAUUUUUGCAAGAGCAUCCUUUUGGACAAAUACCUUGUAAAAUACUGACACUAGAUCACUUUGAAUAUUUUCUUCUAGUACUGUCAGUUUACAGAAAUAUCUUUUUACAUAGUUGCGUAGGAUGUCAAGAAGAUGUGACCUAGCAAUCUAGAAUAGUGAAUGCUCCUUGAUGCUUUCAUAAAUUUUUCUGCUAUGACAGGCACCCUAUACAUGAUCCAUUUAUAUAAAGUGAAUAACAGAUCCUAAAUUUUUCACAUCUCUUCCCAACUUGGAUAUAUAACUCCAUCAGUUACAAAUCACUGUCUAUUUUUAUUCUGUGUGUAUUGUACAUGAAAGUAUGUAUCAUCAUUUGCAGAAGCAUACUCAAAAUCAUAUUCAGAACCUAAGAAGAAAUGGAACGUCAUGGGAAAUUUUUAUUUCACAAAGAAGCACGCUUUCUUUCUAGAUAUAUUUUACAUCAUUAGGGAAACUAUCUGCACAUACAUCUACAGUAAUCUUCUUCCUUCCUCACCAACUGUUAGUGCACAUGUGCUCUGUCAGAAAUGGCACCUGGAUGACAGAAGCUCAGAGUCACAUAUGUCUCUAAAAUAGAGUUCCUUUCCUCUUGGGCUGCCUGAACUGGUGUAAAUAGAAAGUUCAGUUGAUCCUGAUUUUAAUUAACUUAUUACUCUAUUAAUAUAAAGUUGGAAUUCUAUUUUAAUUACGUCUUUCUGGCUGGCUGCAGUAUCAGUUUGCCCCUCUUGUUAAGGAGCGAUGUAACAAUCUGUCAUUUAAUUGUGCAGGGUUUUUCACACCACAGUAUUAGCAGAACUGCUCCCUACUCAGAAUCAUUUAUUGGGUUGUCUCCUAAAUCUGGACAUUAUACACUUGUUUUAAACAUUCCAUUUUGGCUUCCAAAGGUUAUUAUCAAUCUAUGGAGAAAAAUACAUAAUGGAAUACAUGUCUCAUAUUAUUUUCAUAUGUACUUUCCUGUAAAAUUUUUCAAUAUAUUUUGAAUUUGUUAUAGCAUGGCUAUUCAAUAUUUUUGUUGGCAAUCCAAAUUUUAAUAAAAUUGUGAAACACAUGAGUACAUAAAGCUUAGAAAAUUGGUAAAUAUCCAGCCAUGGAAUAGUUGUUGACUACUAUCUGCUAUAAAGAUGUAUAGAAAAUGGUUAUUUUGAAAUACGUGCACAGUGUUCAUGGUUUAUACAUUGUAUUUAUAAAAGGUAAGUAUAAUACAGAAGCUGCUUCCAGGUGUGCCAAGAGACAAAAGCUUUAAUAAAUACUCUAGAAGCAGCUAUGACUUUAUAAGCAGUUUCUGAAAGAACAGAUAUUCUUUGAUACUUUUGUAAAAAGUUGAGUGUCAGUGUAACAUUAUGUUUUGUAGAAUUUUUAAGUAGCAUAAUUUAUUUCAUCAGUGUAAAGCAGCCAAAGGUUCCAAUAUCCUCACAUUAUUUUGCCAAACAUCUAAGGGCAAAAUUUAGCCAGUGUUAUUUGCUGGAUUCUUCCCAUCGAACUCACAAACUCAAGAGACAGAACAAGAGUUCUUAUAUAUUCACCACAGAGGACAAAUCCAAGUGGCAUUUUUAGGAAAGGUUGCAGCAUUUUAUGCCAUGUGGUAUGUCUGUUCGCGAAGUGGGAGGCAAGGGAAUAUCCAAGCUGGCAUUUUGGAUUUGAUGGGCCUUUUACUUUCCUGAGUGACGUGCCACAUGUCAAGAAAUACUGCUUUCUUCCAGUCCCACCACAUUUACGUGAACAAUUUUCAUUUAGUUAUUUCCCUCUCAUAUGGUGUUAAAAAGAGCCACAUUCAAUAAAGAUUAGUUCUGGUUUUCUGCAGUAAUUUAAAUGGGAGGAUACCUAUCCAAAUAAGAUGUUAGCAUAGUUUACAGUGUUUAAAGUAGAUUAUUAUACUAUGGAAAUGUUUGACAAGUGAUUAUUCUGAGAAAAACUUGAACAUUCUGUUUUACUCAUGAGUUGUUCUUUUGGGGGAAAAAUUUUCUAUAGCAAUAAAUAUUAGUUUAAAUGUA